AUGAUCCAGGGACCCAAUGACAAACGCUGGCCUUCUAAUGUCUCAUGGGCUACGUUCAACCUGCUCCUCAGAGACAGGCUGAUCAAGACUAACCCCAUUGCUGAACCAUGCUACCCAGGCGCUGAUUUCAACUCGGCAGACUACGAGUAUCAGCCCCAACAAGUACUGGACACCAUCUCCUGGGACGGUCAAAUGGAUAUGGUAGCCUGGAAAUCUGGCUUCGGUACUACAGGAACAGCAUUGACUUCCAACCUACUUACUCAUCUGCCAACAAGUCGUACUGGGAAUGGAGUGCUGUCCACAUCAAUGAGGCCUGGCAAUGGAGAGGCAAACAAUGCCAUCGUCGUAGGUGGCGGUGCAGGAUCACGCAGAGCUACCGGCGGUUGCCAUCUAGGGGUCGUCAUGGUCCAGCGACCCGCAAUUAUGGUCUUGGUGCAGACCAGUUCCUUGAAGCUGAGUUGUUUCUCGCUGAUGGGAGUACUUCCGUUGCCAGCUACUGUAAGAGCACGGAUCUUUGCAGGGCUCUGCGUGGUGUCGGGCCAGGCUACGGUAUCGUACUCAGCACAACUAUUCAAGCGCACCCAACGUCGACAUGAUUACUACACACCACCUUACCAGUGUGCCCUUUUCAAACACCCAGAAUUUCAACAACUCGCACCUGCUAGACGCCGUGGCAGUUUCGCAGGCUAUGCCUAUUGGUUUCAGAACUUACCGACAGUUCUUGUUGCCCAUGCGACGUCAGGCUACACUCAUUGGCUUCUGGACAAUUUGGGAAAAAACCAGGCCGAGGCUGAGGCAGCAUUCGCCCCUAUCAGGGCGGACCUACAAGCCAAGUUCAACACCACUUUAUUCAUCGGAGACAGUUAUGCUUCAUACACAGGCUACUGGUCUUUCUGGUCUCUACGAUCUGACCGGCGACACCUCUAUGUUGACUUCGCGCCUUAUCGAUCCAAACUCCGUGUCUGA